AUGACUGCUCUUAGAUUUGUCAAGUCUGUUUGGGAGUCCUUUCGGGCUACCUCGGGUCUAGAGCCUCGGCUGUUGAAUAAUCUGCGUGUUACUGCGGCCAGACCCGGAACUGUCAACUUUGAAUUGGACAUCCAGAAGGAACACACAAACCGCCUCAAUAUCCUUCAUGGCGGUACUAUCGCAAGCAUGGUUGACCUUGGAGGUUCCUUGGCCGUUGCUUCGCGUGGACUGUUCGCGACUGGUGUGUCCACUGACCUGAAUGUUACUUAUCUCAGCUCUGGUGGCAAGGUCGGUGACAAGAUCAUGGCGGAGGUAACCUGCGACAAGUUCGGCAAAACUCUCGCUUAUACCAACAUCAAGUUCACCAACGAGAAGGGCGAGGUCGUCGCUCGAGGAAGCCACACAAAAUAUGUGAGCUUUGCUUGGAAGGACCCUCAGAACAUUGUCGAGGAGAUCAACAAGCGCCAGUAA